GCACCCCGCAACACAUACACCAUGACAUCUGCGCAGGUACAGAUCAACCUGCCUCUGCCGGUCCUGCCUGCGGGCUGGACUGCCGAGAAGGACUUCAAGCCUGUCGGAUCCCUUAGCCAUGCGAUCGACCGCAACAUCGAGCCCGUUGGGCCCCAUUUCCUCGCCCAUGCGCGCAGGAAGCGACACAAGCGCACCUUCUCCGAGGACGACCGCAUCCAGGCCCAGGCCAACGUGAAGAAGAUCGAAGACGACGACGAGGGCGAGAUCAGCGAGCCUGAGGACCCGCUUAUGCUCCAGCGCGAGGCCAAAGACUGGAAGGGCCAGGACCACUAUGCCGUUCUCGGUAUCACGAGGUACAGAUGGCGUGCCACCGAGGAGCAGAUCAAGCGUGCCCACCGCAGGAAGGUCCUCAAGCACCACCCCGAUAAGAAGGCCGCUAAGGGCGGAACCGAGGACGAUCAGUUCUUCAAGUGCAUCCAAAAGGCCACUGAGGUUCUUUCCGACCCGGUCAAGAGGAGGCAGUUCGACUCCGUCGACGAGGCGGCGGAUGUUGAGCCACCGUCCAAGUCGGAGACGAAGAAGGGCAACUUCUACAAGCUCUGGGGCAAGGUCUUUGAGGCUGAGGGUCGUUUCUCGCGUCAGCAGCCCGUGCCGAAGCUCGGCAACGAGAAGAGCAGCAAGGCGGAGGUUGAGAACUUCUACAACUUCUGGUACAGCUUCGACAGCUGGCGAACCUUCGAGUACCUUGACGAGGACGUUCCUGAUGACAACGAGAACCGUGACCAAAAGCGUCAUGUCGAACGCAAGAACCAGAACGCUAGACGCAAGAAGAAGACCGAGGACACUGCCCGUUUGAGAAAGCUUGUUGACGACGCCUUGGCCCUCGACGAGCGUAUCAAGCUCUUCCGCCAGCAGGAGAACGCGUCCAAGAACAAGCGCCGUCUCGAGAAGGAGGCCGAGCAGAAGCGUCUCGCCGAGGAGGCUGCCAAGGCUAAGGAGGAGGAGGCCAGGCUCGCUGCUGAGAGGGAGGCUGCUGAGAAGGCACAGAAGGCCGACAGCAAAAAGGCCAAGGAGGCUGCUAAGAACGCUGCGAAGAAGAACAAGCGCGUCAUUCGUGGCGCUGUCAAGGAUGCCAACUACUUCCACGGAGCUGGAGACGCCCCGGCCUCUCAGAUCGACGGCGCGCUCAACGAUGUCGAUGUUAUCAUCACCAAGCUCGACAACGAGGAGAUUGCCGCGCUGACGGCGAAGCUGAGCGGAGCAAAGGGUGCCGAUGCCAUCAAGCAGGUCUAUCAGGACGAGGUCAAGCAGUUGAUUGGCGCCGGCAAGUUGAAGGAGGGCGAGCUCAAGUCUCUGUCGUAGUAGGUGACGUAGCCGCCGUCUUGGUUACUUAGAUAGGCUUUCUUUAGUAACAUCUGCUGCACUCUUCAAGCACGAUGCCAGUGC